GUAACAAAAGGAGCGUGUGAAUACAAAAGAGAACAAUAAAGCAAAGGAGAUCCAAUGACAGAAAAGGGGAAAAAGCCAAAUAAUCUUACAUAGCUCCUUUGUUUCUAUCAUCUGUAAUAUAAAGAAAUCAUGACAGAACAUAUUCAACUACAACCUCAAUAGAAAAAAAAACAGACACAUUUAUACACUUUUAUUUUGUUUUGUUUCACUUCUCAUUCUCUGCACCAAACAAAGUACAUAGAAGAAGAAAAAUCUCACUUUUACUUAUCAUUGUCAUCAAUCAUACAAUGCUUCUAAGAACUUCAAUUUCCAAAUACAAGAAGUUCUUCCAAAAAACACUAAACAACUUCAAAUCAUUAUUCUCUCCAAGUUACCAAAAAAUUCCUAAAACACCUCUCCAUGAUCAAUCUUCUUACAAUGAAUUGGACAAAUUCUACAGUGACUUUACUGAGAAAUGGGAUUCAGAAAAAGGAAAAUCAAAGAAAAGAAGCAAGAACAAAGUUAUGCUAUCAUCAUCUACAAAGCAAGUAGAAGAAGAAGCAAGAACAAAGUUACAUGAUGAAGGCUUGGUUAGUUUGAACAACGAGCUACAAAAAAGAGAGAAAUUUGAGGAGCAAAAGAUUAAGAAAAGCUUAAUUCAUCAAAGAGGAAACAAACAAGAUUCAUCAUCGAUGUUAAAUUCUAAGAGGGUGGUUGAAAAGAAGCUGAAAGAAUUGGAAAUGUUGGAGAUGAGUAAUGUGGAUUAUAUAUUAGACAUUGAAGAGGUUCUUCACUACUAUUCUAGACUCACUUGUCCUUUAUAUAUUGAAAUUGUUGAUAAAUUCUUCAUGGAAAUGUACUCUGAGUUCUUUGGUUGUCCUGAAACACCUGCUAGUGUUAACUCUAAACUGCAGAAGAUGAGAUCAGUGACAAUGAGGUCUUAAUUUUUCUGUUUCUUGAAUUAUUCUUACUAUAUCAUCUAAUGUUUUUUUAGAUGAUUCCUAAAUUGUUUAUUUAAUCUUUGUAUUAAUUGUUAGCAAUAACUGUUUGGUUUGUUUAAAAUAUGGAUGUAUUUUGAUCAAGUAUUUUGUUGAUUAAUGAAUUAUCAAUUGGACAAUUGACAUGCACAAUCAAAGUUUGGCUUUUU